CUCGCUGCGUCCCUUAGGGCCGUGAGUCCGCUGCCGGCGGGGUGUCAUGUCCCAAGUUUCCCGGGCCCACAGCUCCCCCGGGGUGUGCCCGGUGGGGGCAAGGGGAAGGCUGCGGCGAGCAGCCUGGAUCCUGGCGCACGUCUGUGGACUGACCUUGUACAUGAAAAGGUACAUUGAAAAAAGUCGAGCAAAAGAAUGGGCAUUAUUUUAUUUGAACGUAAAAAGUCAUUCAGCAAAUGAACUUUUAUUCAGCCUGAGCAAUUAUUCUAAAUAUAACUUGAGUAAAAAUUUUGAAAAGCUGAAAACAUUGUUGUUGAUUCAUCCUAAGCAAAGAAGCCAAGAAAAUCUCAGUGAAAUUCAACUCUGUCUAAAGAAGAAUAGGUCAUUUCACCGUUUGCCAAAUGAAGCACAGCUCCAACUUUGCCAGACCGCAAUCUAUCAAGAAUUUGAAGCUGAAACUAUGGUUCUAAGACAAGGACAUGUACCACUUGAAUGCUACUUAAUUCUUGCUGGACAUUUAAAGGUCAUGUCAAGUGAUACAAACACAAGCAAAAAUACCAACUCUGAAAUUUUAAGUGAGUUUGAAGAAGGUGACUUCAUAGGGGAUUUUUAUUGCAUUCUUGCACAGAGAGUACAAGAACAAUAUCAAGAAACAUGCAGCUUUCUAAGGAAUCUCCCAGUAUUCUUUUCAUGGCCAAAAGAAAAAAUAGAUAUUCUGGUUCACUCUUCCUUACGUCGAUACUACAGGGCUGGAAGAACCAUUGUCUCUGACAACUUAAAGUCUCACUUCCUUGUAUUUAUCACAUUCGGUCGUUGUCGAAUAAUUACUCAGAUGAACUACAAGGAAAUAUCUGUACGUUCUGGUGUUAUGAGGACAGGUUCUUUCAUCCUGAAAACUUCUUACAUUGAUUUUCCACCAAGAGAAAUACAUGAUGCAUACAGAAGGAGUUUGCAAACUUCCACAGUUUCUCUCAAGACUUCAACUUCAGCUUCUAGGAAAAAAACACCUGACACAAGGAAACCCCAGCGCCAGGAGCCUUCACAAGCAACAUGUUUUGUUGAGAUAAGAGUUCUGGAACAAGGUGACAUUUUUGGCUUGGCAGAAACAGUGGACAACUCAUGUGAUCUUCAUUUGUGUCUGAUUAGUGAAGGAGCAGAAUGCAUUUUUAUCCCCAAAACCUUGUUUCUAGCACAAGCCAGCACUGGACUUAGAAAGACUGCAGAAGAGCUGGUGGGCACCUACCCUACAGAGAAGGCCAUCGGGGAGCAUCUGAUCUGGCAGCAGGCAAAAUUAAAUAUGGUGCUGUGGCGCAGCGAAAGAAUAUUUCCACUAUGGUGUAGUUCAUCCAAAAGUCCUCUGAGUCAAGAGGUUUUCCUGGAAACAGAGAGGUUGAUAUCUACACAGUUUGGAGAGACAAAUGGAAAAGGAAUAAUUAAGAGUAUUGGAGUGACUAUAAAACUAGUGUUCAAGGAGAAGGCGAACAGCUCUCAGUUGGACUUCUGCAAUGUCCUCCCCCCAUCCCUACUUCUAAUGGGGUUCUACAGAGCCUUCUCACCACUAAAGCCAGAAUUAUCUUUGAAAUUAUUACAACUACCUGAAAUUGUUGUGUUCCUCUUUGCUGUUAAUGUGCUUCUCCUUGAAAAUCUGUCAAGGAAAAAAAUGGACACGGUUGUGCCAGGUUUUGAGUUUCCCAAAGACCACCAUGAAACCAAUUCUGAUGCAAAGCACAUGAGAGUCUUUAUUGGAAGCUGGAGCCUGGGCUCCCAACCUGCACCAAGGCAGCCUCCGAAGUUGAGAGCCCUGAGUUGA